UGGCAUUUAAGUAGUGCCCCAAGAGCUAUUCUAGAAAUUUACAGGUGUAAUAAAUGCUGUGACGUACUAGUACCUGAAUGAAGCGAAUCGAACAACGUUAACAAAUACCUUUUGCAAAUACGGUGUCUACGUUCAAUUCAAUCAAUGGCGUCAACGUAAGUCCCCACCCGCUAUCCAAGAUAUUUCGCAUCUCACUCUUUCGUAUCGUAAUCGGAUCAUAUGACUAUACCGCACGUGACUUUCUAUUUACUAGUCAAAUUGUGUAUGUGACAUCUUUUCUGGCAACAAGUGAAACGGUCUCGUGCCAGUAGUAGAUGUAUAUUAACAGAGGGGGCUCUAUGAUAUGGCCCUCUUUAACAAACUGUUUUCACCACUAAAAAGUACUUGUAGUAACCAAGAAAAUGUCAGCGAAAAACAUUUUAGUUUCACAAAAGAACAGGUCAGAGUGGUUUUGUUCAGAGAAUGUGAUUUCCGGGGAAGAAAAUUAUUAUUCGAUUCCACAGCUAUCAAGAAAAUUCAAAUCAAUUCCCCAUCAGGAUCAGUGGAUUCUGCUUCAAACAAAAAAACACAUAAUGGGACUUUUGCAGAAAUAUCAAAUGGAUAUGGAUAUAUGUACAUUAAGCCACCAACCGAUUCCAGUCAUUUAGCUGAAAUGAUAUUUGGACUGGUUGCUAUGAGUUAUAGAGGAUGUUACUUUAAAAUACACAAUUUGGAAUCUCCAUCCCGAUUAAUGCUCACACAGUUGAAUUAUCUCAUAAUUUUGAAGGUGUUUCCCAGUCCCAAAUUUGUGCAAAGAAGAAAAAGUUCUGCUUCAAGUCAUGGACAAACUAGAAUAUCGAACCAAAGCCUGGAACAGUCCAUAUGUUUAGACGAUUCGGGAACUAGUAUUAGUGACCAUUACUCAGUUCAUAGCACAGCUUCAGAUACCUUUCUGAUAUGCAGGCAAAACAUUCCCUUCGAUGUUACCCAAAAACUUUCUGGAUCUAGCUCAAGUGUUGUAUGCGAUUCUGGAGUUUAUGGAGAACGUUCAUACAGCAGCUUUGAUGGAACCAGGCAGUUCAGCAUGAUCCCUUUUUGGGAAUCGAUGCCAGUGAAAGGCAGUGCAACAUCGUUUUCAAAUAGUACCCUAUAUAAGAGGUGGUUGCGAAGUUCAUCUUUGGACCAUUCUGUUAAUUCCUCAAAUAGUUCAAUGGAAGAAACUUACAAUAAACCUCAUCAAAGGACAAGUAAAUUGGGACUCGCAUUUAUUAUUCAUCUUACAUCUGGUCAGGAAGAGUCACAAAUUCAGUUUUUAAUGGAACAUAUUGCUCUUCUUGAGUCAAUGCUAUGGAGAGCUAGACAGGCUACUGAAAUAGCUUACCUAAGACCGAGUAAUUUUUUGUCGGUACUAAUGAAAAUGGUGAAUCUCUCUUCAGGAUGGUUAACUAAUUUGAUAUCGAGUCCUUUGCUGCCAUUAAACCUGUGGACAACCCUCUAUAAUAAUAGUGAUAGACUUGAUAAUCAUACUGACUGUGAUAAUAAUAACAGUAUUAAGUGUAGUGAUUGUAGUCAAAAGGAAACCUUGAGUUCUUUAAGAUCUCUUCUGAACACUUCAAAUAGUGGACUUUUAAGUGCUAGUAAUAGUGGUGACAACAUAAACGUGCUCUCUGAUAACCAAAGUGAAAAAUACGAAUUUAGUUUUCAUAAUAUUACAAGGAUAAUAAAAAAUGAAUGGGACUACUUUAAUGCUAAGCUGUUUCGGAAUUGUAAUGGGAAUAAUUUAGUUGAGAAAUUUGUUCAAGACUUUUGCGAACUUCUGGAUACAAUAGAUGUCAAAGAUACUAACUUUUUUAUGAGUACUUUACUUACAGCUGUAUUGACACAUCACCUAGGUUGGGUGGCUACCUGUUUGCCUCGAGAAAAUGAAGAUCAGAUAUUCUUGGAUUUAGACAUGCCUUUCAAUCCAUUAUGGGGCCAACUUUGUGAUCUUUAUGGUGCGGUAGGACAUCCAUCAAAAAUGGCACAAACUAUAGUGAUAGGUAACAAGAAGAAAGACAUAAUAGCCAAGAUUAUAAAUUGUCUUACUUAUUUCAUACGUUGUUCUGAAUUAGAAAGAAAGAAUUCAAUUAGAACUUCAAUAGAUAUCGAUAACAAAACUGCCGAUUAUAUUUGCCAUAAAACUUCUUGCAUACCAAAAGAAAAUUUCAAGAAAUACAAAGAUCAUUUAAGAGAAAUGUUAAACUCGAAUAAACUCGAUAACAUAAAAAAUGAUAAUGAAUUAUCCAUGUCUCGAAAGUUGCCCGAAUCACUUGAGAAUAGACUUAAUAAAGGUUUAGGUAGAUCUAAAAAAACACAAUAUAAUUUGAAUAACUUGGACAAAGAAGUUGUGGAAACUGAGAAUAUAUUUGGAACCAGAAAUUCAAGUGGCUUACACAAAAAUUCUAAUUGGAUGGAUCUUAAAGAAUUGGACAAUUUAGUAUGUGCAAAUUCUUCCAACUCUAUGAAAAGCAAUUGUGAUAUUCAAAUUGAAGACAAAAAGGAAAAUGUAGUUUUUGUAUUAGGUGAUGAUGAAAAAUUAGUAAAUAUAAAAAAGGGAGAGAAAAGCAGAAGGAAAUCAAAAUGUUCCAAGGAAGACAAAAUAAAAAAUGACAAUAUGAUUAAAAGACUGGAUUCUAUAGACAAAACCUCUGUUCCUAAUUUUUUGGAAUCUAUUUUCAAAAAGUAUGAGACUUUUGAAGAAGAGUUUUCAAGAAGUCACUUCAAAGAUGAAGAUUUUAUAAAAUAUGAGACUGAUUCCUGUAUCAAACCUAGUACAAGCUGGGCCUCACUGCAACAAGCAGAAGAAGAAGAUAUUACUAGAGAAAUUGAAGCCAAACUGAGUAUUGACACUGAUUUCGCUUCAUCAUCCGAAAAACCAUUUGUUAGAUCUCAAAGUGUACCACCUAAAUCUGAAAUCAAAACUGUGAAGGAGGAAGUCAAAGCUAAAUAUCGAUAUUCUGGGGUCAAGUUUAGUCUUCAUCAAUACCCUCAAGUGGUUACUAACUACAUGAGAAGUAAAAAUUUAGAAAUGUCUAAUUUAUCCUUCUCUGAGAUAACAAAGAGAUUUGAUCAAAUGUCAUUGGAUAAAGAAGAAGAUUAUGCUGAUUAUUCUCAAUAUGAGAAUAAUGAUGAAAUGGAAGCUUUACAGACCCCUUCAAAUGCUUCUGAAUUAGAGUUUACCAGUGAAAUAACUAUAGACAGGUCCAAGCAUCGACAUGCUAGAGAAUCAUGUGAAAAGCCAAGCAUUCCAAAUGUUUCUGAAAGUAUGGAAAAAGAAAAAAUUAUUAAACUUAAUUGCUUUAGUAAUUGUGAAGAAAAAUCGACAGAAGAUAUUCCAAAAAUGAAGAUUAUUUAUUUUCCUAUGCCAAAAUCAGAAACUUUGUCCAUAAAAAAGGAAUCAAUUCCUUAUCCAUUAUCGUUGAUGAGAGGUGUGAAUGAUGAUUACAUUCCAGACUUAGUACUUCAAGGAACUUCAGCCCCCAAAAAAGGCUGGGAAGCUACAUUGAAAAAUGAAUUGUCACUUUCUAGUCAGCAUUGCCUUCUAGAUCAGCCAUUAGAGGAGGCGGUAGCAAUUAUUGCCGAUACUGAUACAUGGGAGGUUCAGUUGGUGUCCAGUCACACUUAUGUGAUAGAUAAAAAUUCAUCUGGGGUAAAAGUUGGUAUGUCCCAGUUGAUAGCUAGUAUGUUAGAUUCCUUAUUGAAAAUGUGGAAACUGCAAGUACCACCACAAUUGUGUAUGAUGCACAUAGAACAAAGAUUACAAGCACUUUGUGUUACAUCGAGAGCUGUUGCACAAUUACUACUUGCCACGGAGUUUUGUAGUAUGGAAUUUCUAACCUCUACUCUUCAUUUGGAAGUUAAUGAUGUACCUUUGUUACUAGCAGUGGCCUCAACGUUUUCACCACAAGUUACUCAAAAAUAUGGAAUAAGUUUCCAUUAAAAUUUUUUAUCUACAUCACAAAAUCAAAUGUUUAAAUACUGGUGUAUGUCUGUUUUUUAUUUUAAAGUUUAUAUUUAUAUUAGAAUAAAGUUGAGUUUUUGUU